AUGCCUCCAUUGAUUGAUGAAGGUGAUGAUUCCGAGGUGGAGGUUGAGGCCACUACUGAACAUGUGGGUGUUGCUCUAGUAGCCCGUCUGGCUCUUGCAACCCAAGUCAAGAAAAUGGAUGAGGCCCAACGUGAUAACAUCUUCUACACACGAUGUCACGUCAAGGGAAGAGUAUGUAGCCUCAUCAUUGACGCGGGUAGUUGUACCAACGUGGCAAGUACUCUUAUGGUAGACCAUCUUUCCUUGCCUACGUUGAGGCACCCUAGCCCGUACCGCUUGCAAUGGCUCAACGAGAGUGGCGAUAUCAAAGUCACCAAGCAAGUGGUAGUGCCUUUCCGGAUUGGAAAGUAUGAGGACGAGGUCCUUUGCGACGUCGUUCCCAUGCAAGCUUCUCACAUUUUGUUGGGACGGCCAUGGCAAUAUGACAAGAAGACUACUCAUGAUGGCUUUACAAACAAGUAUUCCUUCUUGCACCACAACAAGAAGAUGACACUUGUCCCUCUCACACCUCAGCAGGUGCAUGAAGACCAACUGCGAUUGCAACAAGAGCAUGAACGAGAGUUCGCUAAGAAGUCAACCGAUUCUAAAGCAAUCAUUAAGGCACCAGUCGAGAGGACAUCUACCCCUGGAUCAUCUAGUCGCAUGGAGAAACGGCCCAACUUGCUUGCCAAGAACAGAGAAGUUCGCAAGUUACUUUUGUCUAAGCAAGUUGUCUAUGUUUUAUAUUGCAAAGAGGUGAUCUUACUUUCUCAUGAAGCACUCAAUGACUUACCUCCUGAAAUCUCCUCUUUAUUACAGGAAUUUGAGGACGUUUUUCCAGAUGAGAUCCCCAGUGGUCUACCACCACUUAGGGGGAUCGAGCACCAGAUCGACUUUAUUCCUGGAGCAUCCUUGCCGAACAGACCGGCCUACAAGAUGGGUCCUAAAGAGACUAAGGAGAUCCAGAAGCAAGUGGAUGAGCUCUUAGAGAAAGGUUGGGCUCAAGAGAGCAUGAGCCCAUGUGCAGUUCCCAUCAUCCUCGUUCCAAAGAAAGAGGGCACUUGGAGGAUGUGUAUGGACUGUCGCGCCAUCAACGCUAUCACAGUUAAGUAUCGUCACCCUAUACCCCGUUUAGAUGAUUUGUUUGAUGAAUUGUAUGGUGCAGUCAUAUUCACCAAGAUCGAUCUUAAGAGUGGCUACCAUCAAAUUCGAAUGAAGGAAGGGGACGAGUGGAAGACGGCCUUCAAGACUAAGUAUGGUCUGUAUGAAUGGUUAGUUAUGCCGUUUGGUUUGACUAACGCUCCGAGUACAUUUAUGCGCCUUAUGAAUCACGUGCUUCGUCCUUUCUUAGGCAAGUUUGUUGUUGUUUAUUUUGACGACAUUCUGAUCUACAACAAGAGUCCUGAGGAACAUGUAGUGCAUGUACGAGCUGUCCUUGAGAGUUCUCUCAAAGCUUCAUUGAAGCAC